UAGGCUGUAUUGUAAACGCUUCACUGCUCUUUACCCAGUACACCCUGAUUAUUAGAAUCUACCUCAUUGCACACAGUGUCGGCGAUUGAUUUGGCACGACAGUGUGUGUGGUUCCCCAGGUGUGUGAUAAUGGUACAGAGGUACUAUUUUACGUUGGAGUUGGAAUAAUCUAACGAAUUUAUCAAUUCUACCAUUCCUUAACAGGCAAUUACAAACGGAUUCCGUGGAUCGGCAUUGGUAUCUUGAAAAUUCAGACAGCUUCUUAAAGUGAUAUUUUCAAGGAUCCAUAACAAAUUAAGGGGAGCAAGAUGCAUCGAUUGGUCGCUUAUACCAAAUUUGCUUCAAUUAGCAUGUUGGUUGCCACAACUCUACUUACUGUCACGUUUCUUCACGAGAUUUACAGACCAGACGUGGUUAUGGACUCCACUGACAUGUCCACUGGCAAAGACACGCUCGCACGUUGGAUCCUCGGCAAUGACGAUGAUGAUGAGCACAAGGAACACAUAGUUAAUCGCCAAAUUAAAGCAAAAACAGUAUACGCUAUCACUGUUAAUGCGCCGUACAAUAUCAACAACAGAAAUAUCUGUCGCGGUGUGGAUAAGGUUUCCGUCCUUGUGGUGGUCCAUACAGCCCCGGAUCAUUUCUUUAUCCGUUCUGAAAUGCGACGGACUUGGCUUAACACGACGUUUUACAGUCCAGAGAGUGUACGGGUCGUUUUUCUGCUCGGACUUGUAACAACCUCUACUUUACAGGUCGAGAUAGAGAAAGAAUCCGACAUGCACCGAGACAUUGUACAGGGAAGUUUUAUAGAUUCCUAUCGUAAUCUCACCAAUAAAGGAGUGAUGGGCUACCGCUGGAUCACAGAAAACUGUUUGAAUGCAGAAAUGGUCAUUAAGGUCGACGACGAUUCUUUGAUCAAUUUCUUCAAAUAUUUCGAAGAGAUGCGAAACAUACUGGUACCUAAAAAGAAACAUAUAUUUUGUAAUAGAAUUGAGCCCAAUACCAUGCCGAUCAUCCGCAAACGGAAUAGCAAGUGGUUUGUACGUCCAGAUGACUAUAGAUCUUAUUCAAUGUAUCCUCACCGGUACUGUAGCGGCUUUGUCGUGUUUAUUUCCACGGACCUAGUACCAGCGUUAUUCCACGCGGCCAUCGGGUCACCUUUCUUCUGGGUUGAUGAUUUUUACCUAUUUGGCUUACUCCCGUCCAUGGUUAAAAAUGUCACUUUUGAUAAUUAUAGAGGGAAUUUAACUUUUAGUCAUCCAGAAGGUUUGAAAUGUUAUCAAAAAGAGCAUUCAAAGUGUAAAUAUUUAGUGAUGCCUGCAAAAAAUAAAGAAAUCGACGUUAUGUGGAAGGCCGUGAUAGAGGAUCGUCAACAGAGUAGUUAUGGCUAUUACUAUAUGCGUCUAAAUCCUUUACAGCAAAACCUGUAAUGCAAGCUAAAGGUUGAAGUGCUACAAAGAGUUAAGAGUGUAAUUUGCAUACAAGUUCUCUACAUUCUGAAAUGUUACAAAAAAAUCUUCCAAUACGAAUUGAUAUUGUAAUAUAAUAUUAUUUUUUUGUUUUUUUUGUUAAAGUAAGUAACACUCAAUUAGAAAGAUUAUUAAGAUUAUUUAUAAAAUAUUCAACCGAUUUCUUUUUUCGAAAUAAAAAGUUGAAUAUUUUUCACAAAUGCCUUGAAAUACAGUAAAACUUUUUGUUUCGAAUGUGCUAAGUUUAGCACGGUUGUAUCAAACACUGCACAGCUGAGUAUAGUGGUUGUAUCAAGUUUAUAUUCCAGUUCCUACCUUAAGUGUUCUCAGUUCCCCCACGUGCUGUCCACUUGUGCAGGAAUUUGGUCAAAAGUAAAUCUUUUCCAUGCUAUUAGAAAUUAUUUACUCAUAGCCUCUUACGUACAUAUUUUAGCUUGUCUUGUAUUUGGUGGCUUAAAACGUGUAAUGUAAAAGAAACGUAAUGUAUCAGUAUUGAUAUAUUUGACUGUAAACUCUUGUUGGUUUUUUUUUGUUAUUUUCUUUUUAUUCAAGAUUUUUUUGCAAUAUAUGGUAUAUUUACAUUCAAACAAUUCAUAUUAUAUAUUCAGACCUCACACGACUCAUAUUCACUCUUACUUACAUCAGUUGAUAUAUUUAGACACAAGUACAUGUAAUGGUACCCAUGUACACAUAUAUUGCCUUUAUGAGAACAGAGAGA